GCCCUCCACCGGACCCGGGGCGCUGUCACAGGCGAUGCUCGUGCGGUGUCCGGAUGCACGGGUGUCAGCUUCAGCUUUCUGCCCCCACCCCCCGACCCCUAGCCCCGUCCCUGCUCGGCUUGAACUCCCGCUCCUUCCAGGGCCCCCGCCCCUGGCCCCCCGGGACGGACACGCCCUGAGCGGAGGAUGCUGCGAUGGAGCCGCCGGCCUCUUAAAGGAGCCCGCUGCUGCCAUCCGGCGCGCUCCAGGCUCGUACCUGGCCCGCCUGGGCCCCGCGCCUCCUUGCUGGCGGUGUCCUAUGGAGGUCCCACCUCAGGCCUUAGGCUGAUUCCACAGGAACCCCCUAUGACCCGUCUUAUAGACUCCUUUCUACAUCGGAGAAAGCAGCCCCUCAGUUGGGAUCCCUAGCGCUCUGGCAUUGCUCCCCCUAUCAUACCGAUCUUGCCAGUUCUCCUUCCCUUGAUUGUCACCGCUCACUCCAAUUUCACCCAUUUGGAAUUCACUCGGCUCUAGGCCCCAUCCUCCUCCAGUGUUCCUGGAUGACCCCUCAUUAUCAUUUCAAGAUUCCUCUGGACCUCCAGCCCCGGCUCAGACUCCAGAGCCCUGCGGAAACAGAGAUCGGUCCCCUCCGGCGUCUAGGUAAGGCCCACCCUCCCAGACCGCAAAGAGCCAGGAUCCGACUGCUGCCUCUCCGGACCAAUCACAACCUUCCUUCAUCAAGGAGGCGGGGUCAGGGGGGCUGACUUUUCCUUGUCUCCGCCCCCUUAGUCGAAGUAACCAAUCUCAAUGCGCCUAGGGGAAGUAAACGCAAUGGGAGUAACCAAUGACGCCAUGAAGCUUCUCGUGCGUGCUUGACCCUGCCUCUCCAGCUGCGACAAAGAUGGCGCGCGGGCUCUUGGGUUCUGUAGUUUUCUCGCGAUCCAAAAGGCUCCGUGCCCUAGUGAGUCCUUACCGCCUCCCUACCCAGCGGCUUCCCCUCCGCUAGUACGCAUGUCCACAGCCUCACGGCCCGGGAGAGAGGGGGCGCGGAAGGAAGGAGGCGGGACGGUAUUACAAACAAAAAAAUACGGCCUUCUCGAGAAGCGACGGCGGAGGGCCCGCUCCUCCCAGAAGGCGGUGCAGCCUGCCCGGGCGAGCCACGCACGCAGAGGGUUGUGGGGCGGAUAGCUCCCCUCCAGAUGGAGGCUCAUGAAGUAGGGUGGGCGGGGGACUCCAUAUCCCAGCGUGCCCCGCGGCGGGCCCUACCGGCCGCGACUCCGGGCUUGGCCCCGGCCCUAGCUCGUCGGCUGUGUAUUGGGGCGCGUGGAGGCUGCAGUCACGGUGGCGCCCGCGGGGACGGAGGAGGGAAUGAGUGAAGAGGAGCAAGGCUCCGGCACUACCACGGGCUGCAGGCUGCCUAGUAUAGAGCAAAUGCUGGCCGCCAACCCAGGCAAGACCCCGAUCAGCCUUCUGCAGGAGUAUGGGACCAGAAUAGGGAAGACGCCUGUGUACGACCUUCUCAAAGCCGAGGGCCAAGCCCACCAGCCUAAUUUCACCUUCCGGGUCACCGUUGGCGACACCAGCUGCACUGGUCAGGGCCCCAGCAAGAAGGCAGCCAAGCACAAGGCAGCUGAGGUGGCCCUCAAACACCUCAAAGGGGGGAGCAUGCUGGAGCCGGCCCUGGAGGACAGCAGUUCUUUUUCUCCCCUAGACUCUUCACUGCCUGAGGACAUUCCGGUUUUUACUGCUGCAGCAGCUGCUACCCCAGUUCCAUCUGUUGUCCUAACCAGGAGCCCCCCCAUGGAACUGCAGCCCCCUGUCUCCCCUCAGCAGUCUGAGUGCAACCCCGUUGGUGCUCUGCAGGAGCUGGUGGUGCAGAAAGGCUGGCGGUUGCCGGAGUACACAGUGACCCAGGAGUCCGGGCCAGCCCACCGCAAAGAAUUCACCAUGACCUGUCGAGUGGAGCGUUUCAUUGAGAUUGGGAGUGGCACUUCCAAAAAAUUGGCAAAGCGGAAUGCGGCGGCCAAAAUGCUGCUUCGAGUGCACACGGUGCCUCUGGAUGCCCGGGAUGGCAAUGAGGUGGAGCCUGAUGAUGACCACUUCUCCAUUGGUGUGGGCUCCCGCCUGGAUGGUCUUCGAAACCGGGGCCCAGGUUGCACCUGGGAUUCUCUACGAAAUUCAGUAGGAGAGAAGAUCCUGUCCCUCCGCAGUUGCUCCCUGGGCUCCCUGGGUGCCCUGGGCCCUGCCUGCUGCCGUGUCCUCAGUGAGCUCUCUGAGGAGCAGGCCUUUCACGUCAGCUACCUGGAUAUUGAGGAGCUGAGCCUGAGUGGACUCUGCCAGUGCCUGGUGGAACUGUCCACCCAGCCGGCCACUGUGUGUCAUGGUUCUGCAACCACUAGGGAGGCAGCCCGUGGUGAGGCUGCCCGCCGUGCCCUGCAGUACCUCAAGAUCAUGGCAGGCAGCAAGUGAAGCCCCAGCUGGACUCAUGGAUGUGCACCCUUUGCUCCCUGCUCUUUCUGCCUCUGGGCUCAUGUAUCUGCGCAGUUCUGGUACCCUCUGUGGGUGCCAUCUCUACCUCUGACACAGACUGCCUGCCUUGAAGCUGAGAAGGCACAGGGCAAGGAGCCAAGGACCACAGAGCCUCAGCCAGCCCAGGAUCUGUCCUCAUUUUAUUGGUGAUGAUGAAUGGGAAUGAAAUCAGGGGGCUGUCUACUAGAGCCUGGAAUAAAUAUGCUGCUUUGUGGAUUUUUAA